AUGGGGAUACUCAAAGCUUUGUUCAUUUUCUCUCUCUUCCUUGCCUCCAUCUCUCUCUCUCUUAGCUAUGAGGAUGACCCUCAAGAGCAGUUCCAGCAAUGCCAGCAGAGCUGCCAGCAGGAGUUGCCGAGGGGGUUGCAACAGCAGCAGUGCCAGCAAGAAUGCCGAGACCAGAUGGUGGCGGAGCAACGACUGAGAUAUAUUGCUUGUCUGCGGAGGUGCGACCAACAGCAACCCUACCCCGGACAACAGCAACAAUGUCGUCAACAAUGCGGGCAGCGAUUGAGCCACCAAGAGCGUCAACAAAUAUGCCAGCAGCAUUGUGAGAGGCAACAAAGUGGCGAUUGGCAACAACUGUGCCAAUCAAGGUGCCACCAGCAAUUGCAGCAAGGAAGUGCAAUCGAACAAGACUUGAUUAUUAACCCAAGGAGAGAUCCUGAACAGCAAUUUGAGCAAUGCCAGCAGAGCUGUCAAUCUAGGCAACGCGGUGGCCAGCAACAACAACAACAAUGUCGUCAGCAGUGCGCACAGCAAUUGAGCCACCAGGAGCGUCAGCAGAUCUGCCAGCAGCGUUGUCAGAGGCAACAACAGGGAGGGGAUUGGCAACAACAACAAUAUUGCCAAAGAAGAUGCCAGCAACAACUACAACAAGGAGAGCAAGACCUCAACCGGCAAUCAAGAGAUCCCGAGCAGAAACUUGAGCAAUGCGAGCAAAGCUGCCAAUCAAGGCAACAAGGACAACAACAAUGCCGUCAACAGUGCGCACAGCAAUUGAGCCAACACGAACGUCGGCAGAUUUGCCAAAAGCGUUGCCAGAGGCAACAAGGGGGGGACCGGCAACAACAACAACAAUGCCAAAGAAGGUGCGAGCAACAACUUCAACAAGGAGAACAAGAUGAGGGUCAAUUUGACAUGCUACAAUUGAAGCAAGAACAGGGUCAGAGCCUACCCUUAUCUUCAACUUUGGACUUCUCAGGCUUCUAACUUCCCAGCAGUAAUCAGUAUCAGAGAGAGGUUAAUGUACGUCUUAUAAUUAAUGAUGUAAUAAAAUCUACGUAGUAUGUAGAUCAGUUGUAACCAAAAAAAAUC